AUUUACAUUUAAACACUUGACACCACAAAAAAGACAAAAACUAACAAAAACAAUGGCCAAUAAAGGGCUCUAUAUCGAGAGGAAUGGCAACCAAAGGGCUGCGGGAUUGCCGUCUCUACCAGGAGAACCAAAUUUCAGAGAACUUCUGUUCACUGCGGAUCCUUUGGAUAUUAUCCGCAAUCAUUUGCAGGAGCAGUGUUGGCGGAAAAAGCCAGAGCCAAUAGGUAAACGUACGCCAUGCUUUACAGAUACUACCAUCCAGGAUAUACUCACCACGGAGACACACUUUACGACCAAGUCGGCCGAAAUAGGAGAGAUUAUGGCCACGCACUCAAAGCCGAGUCAUGUGAACAACUGGAGUCAGACCUUUGGUCGAGUGCUUCCACCAUCGGAAUCCUUGUACAGCACCAUAAUGCCAAGGAAGACGGAUGAGCAGGUUCAUCGGGAAUAUGCCGAGUACCAUAGAGGUCGCAUUGUCAGUCAUAAUCAUUAUUUUCCAGCGGAGAAGAUUAAUCGUGGAUACACAAAACCCUUUAAUCCUAAAGAAACCUUUGGCAUAUUACAAGGAGGAGAGCCCAGUGGUUCCGUAAUGAAAAAAUGUUUAGAACCAAGUGACGAGCACUUAACGGUGGUCAACAAGCCCUGGAUGGAGUUUGUUCAACGUACUCAAGCGCCUUUGGGUAGAAAAUAUGAAAAAUACCUAUAUCAAGUCCCUGACCUCAACUUUGGCACUUGUAAACAUGAUAAAUGUACCACGAAAAUGCUUUUAGAAAAUAUAAAUCCCUGCGAGCUAGAUGACACCCUGGAUAAGGCUCUUUCCUAUUUGAACGAACUGCGGGAUAGCCUGCACAAGCGGAAUGAUUUCGACAUGACCGAUUUGUUGGCCAGUCUGGAGAGGAUCGACAAGGAGAACACGGGUCACAUGCCCCUGCCCCUUAUACUCCAGACCAUGUACAAACUGAAUAUCCGAGUCCAUGAGGCCAAGAUACGCACCACAUUGGCCCACUUCCGAAUGAUCAUUGACGAGGGUUGUGCCACGGAAAGGGUAAACUAUGACCAGUUCUGUCGGCUGCUCUCCAUCCAAAUAAAACUACCAGAUGUAGAGCAAACUAGGAUUGUGCCAGACAACAUGUACCACAAGGAGACAACCUAUAGGAUUUUCACCAGCGAUCGGUUUAAAAAACCCGUAGGGGAUCGACCAUACCGACGCAAUGCCAUUUUCAAGCUCAGUGACAUAAUAACGCCGAAUUGCGUUAUAGAGAUGGGUCUGACACCAAGCGAUUUCAACUAUCGGCGGGACAAGGCCCAGAUGGAGCGUAUAUUCGAGAGUAUUAUGUCCAAAGAGGUCUUUGAAGCUAUCUGGGAACGUUUGAUGGUUGAGCAAAAGGAAUCCCUAGAGCAGGAUGGUCUGGUAUCCGUGACUCAGUUUCGCAAAGAGAUGGAAAAAGAAACCACUUCUUCCACUUGAUAGUUUUGUGGUGUUUUUUAGGUGACAUUAUUACAUUACUAUAAGCAAUUGUAAAUAUUAAUAAAAAGUAAUAUAUUCAAGAAUUA